AUGCCCGCGCUGAGCCUCAGAUCCCGCGAUGAUGCCACUGAGCUGACUACACCGUCCUUCAACAUAAAGCGUGCUGUUCAUGACACUGUUUCGAAUAUCGGAAGCAGUGGUCGACCACUCACCCCUCUGCUGAGUCUGUCCAUACCCUCCACUUCACUUUCUCUCUUUGAGCCAGAACCUCCCGGAGAUACACCUUUGCAGCUAUCCAUAAUUACUCAGCCCACUGUACUUCUGAUUGUGAGACGUAGUCAGAGCAUGCAACGCGCGCGUACAAACACGGCUUUGCCUGCGGCCCAAAUCAGCUCGUUCAACGCUCCGGAUCUCAACCCCGGUGCACCACUCACACUUGCUUCGCACUGUCGCGGUGUGUCCAUCUCCUCGAUCCACUUAUCCACUCACGCCAAUGCCAACGCUCACGCUUACACUUUCAGCCAGUCAAUCUCACAACCUGUGUCACAAGUGCAACAGCAACCUCUACAACUUGUGCAAUCUUACAACCCACAUACAUGCGUAAUUCAACUCGUAGGGACGGAGCAACGACUAAAACGUAGUGACGAAGACUACAUCAAACGAUCCGAAAACGCAUCCAUCCUCUUUCAUCACGAAUGCUGUUUGAAAAAGAACAAGGCGGAGGCAGCUCGUCAUACACUUGAAUCCGACUCGCCCUCUGCUUAUAGUUCGCUGUAUGGCUGCCCUUCGGAUAUUCGUACACAACGUGCAGUGGCGUGCGCAAAGUGGAAAUGGCGGACUUUGCUGAUUUUGAGAUGGUGA